AUGCUCGCGGCACAGGUUCAUGUGCUAGGGAGGAUAUAUCACAAAAACUUGGUUACUCUGAUCGGAUUCUGCGAAGAAGGAACCAGCAACUUGGCUCUUGUUUACGAGUACUUAUCUGGAGGGGACUUGAAAGCUCUUCUUUCAGGACAUUCAGGUGUAUUCAUAAGCUGGAAAAGGAGACUUGCGAUUGCCUUUGAUACAGCAAAAGGACUGGAUUAUUUGCAUACUGGUUGCAGCCCGCCAAUAGUCCAUAGAGACGUGAAGCCGGCUAAUAUACUACUACAUCAAGAUUAUCGCCAGGCAAAAGUAGCUGAUUUUGGCUUCUCAAAAAUAUUUCCAGCUGAAUAUGUCUCAAAAUUAAAGACUCGAGUCAUUGGAACUACAGGUUAUCUUGAUCCCCAGUACCAUUUAACCGGACAGGUGAACGAAAAGAGCGACGUUUAUAGCUUUGGUGUCCUUCUGCUCGAGCUCAUAACAGGGAAAUCAGCAAUCAUAAAAAAUACAAACACCCAUUUAGUUCAAUGGGUAACACCUCUCUUUGAAAGAGGAGACAUAGGUAGUAUAUUGGACCCGAGACUGCAGCUAGAGAUAGGCGAAAACUACAACACCAUAUGGAGAGCAACAGAGCUAGCUAAGAAAUGUGUUGAAUUAGAUGCAGCAGAUAGACCAACCAUGAGUGACAUUGUUAUUGAAUUAAGGGAGUGCUUGGUUAGGGAGAACGCAGAUGUUGAGAGUCCGAGCUCGGCUACUUCAGAGAUGAUGACAGCCGUGGUUUCAGAUGCUUCAAUGAGUCCACAUCCUCGGUAGUAUGGUCACGAGUCCACAAGGGUUGCCAAAUUUAUCAUAGUGAUAUACUGAUAUGCUUUAGUAUUUUUAGAUGUAUACGCCUAGCUAGACAGCAGAGAGAGUGACAAAGGGCAAAUAAUGUCAUUCAUCUUUGCUUCUUUGGUAUCACUGUGAUAUAUUUAUGAUUUGUAAAUCACAAUUACUCCCACUCUAUGAUUAAAGUGGUGCUAAAAAAAUAAAAUCAAUCGUUUAUAUAUGAAAAGGACUUUUUUUUUUUUUUUUUUUUUUUUUUGAAAAAUACCUAUUAAAAACCCUUUAAAUUUGGAAACAACUAGCCUUAAAAUUUUAUUUCCAAAAAAUACCCUUAAAAAAAUUGAGUAGCACUAUCCACAAACAAAUUUUAACAAAUGAUUCCGUUUAUGAGCCCCCACUUCUUUGAAAUCCUAUUUAAAUACGGUAGAAAAAAAUUAUAACCCUAAUACGCUAGUUUGAAUGAUUAACCAUCCUAAUUUCAAAUUUACAUGACCUAUUCACCAUAAUUUCUAGAUAAACCAAAAUUACUAAAAUAUAUAAAACCUAAUUAUCCAAAUUGAUAAUACAUGAUUCGACCCCUAAUUCCCCAAAAUUAUAUAAACCCUGAUUCCUUAAAUUGACAAUUUAUAAUUACCUAAUCCUCUAAAUUGGAACCCUAAACCCCUAAAGAGAUUUAGAAACCUAAUCACCUAAAUUAAGAACCCUAAUUCCCCUAAUCGCCCAAAUUAAGAACCCUAAUUUAACAUUAAAUGUCUUACCACCAAUACUUUUUAUUUUCUUUAAAAUUAAUAGGUAGUGAAUGACAAUAAAAAAAUUUAUCACAGGUAUAAAAAAAAUAUUCAAUCAUAAAUUAAGUGUCUAUUAUAAUUUAACUCUAUGUCCCUUAAAAAAAAAAAUAAUAAUAAUUUAACUCUAUGUAAUGACCCAGAUAUUUUUCGGACCUAAAUAGUAAUUCUUACUUUAAAAAUGUAUUAUAUAAUUAUUAUUGAUAUUAUUCGUAUAAAUUUUUAUUAAAUCAUAUAAAAAAUAAAUAACAAAACUCAAUUACUCACUGUGUUGCCUAUUAUGUAUUCAUUAAAUAUAUGACUAGGAUAAGCAAG